AUGGCUAUCAGCUUCGGGAGUAUAAAAAGAACAUUUUGCAGUUUUCCUCAUUUAUAAAGCGUCAAUACUUGAGCUAUAUAGCAACGACUCGCAUCGAUCGUCAAAAUGAGGGCUGGACUUGCAUUUCUGAUCUUAUUCAUCACUGCAGUUGUUGCAGUUUCAAGCUGCCCUACAAUUAUUACUCGCGAUGGGUGGGGCGCCCGACCUGCGACAAGGCGAACUAAUCUCAGAAGGCCCGUGCCCUUUGUGUUGAUUCAUCACAGUGCUGGAAACAAUUGCGACAACCUUAGUAAAUGCACAUCAACUGUUCGCAACAUCCAAGCGUACCACAUGGACUCCAGAAGGUGGUCAGAUAUUGGUUACAAUUUCCUGAUAGGAGGUGAUGGGAGUGUGUUUGAAGGACGUGGCUGGACCAGACAGGGUAGCCACGAGCCCAAGUAUAACGCUAAUGGCUUGGGAAUUUGUUUCCUAGGAAAUUUUCAAGGUGAAGCUCCAACAGCUGCAGCAAUCGAGUCUGCGAAGCGGCUUAUAGAUUGCGGUGUAUCAACGAAUAUGAUUUCAAACAAUUACAAAUUGAUUGGACAUCGACAGGCAAAAUCAACUGAAUGUCCAGGGAACAAUUUGUAUAAUCUGAUUAAAAAAUGGAAAAAUUGGACUCCAAACCCUUAAAAUCUAAGCUGUAGCAUAAAUACUGAAUCGAUUUUUAUAUAGAUACAAAAA